AAACCUCGAAACCUCCCGAAAAAUUAUCCAAAUCGAAAGGCACCGAAAACAAGGAUAAAAGAUCAAAGAAAGUGGAAAAGACAUCGAAGAAAAAGAAAACUGAUGAAGUUAAUUCUCAAAAGAAAAAAGUGAAAAAAUCUAGUAAAAAGAAAUCGGAAAGUACCACAAUACCCGAGCGUAUCACCACAUCAGAAGAAACUAAGAACGACACAAAUAUUGUAGAAACACAUGUUAACGCAACACCAGUUAAGACAUUAGUCGAUUCGGAUGAUAUUCAAAUAGUCUUCACGUUGAAUCUGGCUUCUUUAAAAGAAAACACGAACGAACCUCCGACGCUGAUUGCUAACUUCUCUAUUCGUAACAAAUGUUCUCUCCGUGUCCCGUUUUCACAGUUUACAUUUACAUUCGAAUCGACAUCGGACAUUCAGUUCGACAAUACAUUAAUAGAAAUAGGUGAUUUACAAUAUGAAGAAAAAAGGAAUAUGAGCGUUGAGUUCAAAGUUCUUGGGAUAGUAGGUGUAGGGCUAACCGUUUCUGGAAAUAUAACCUAUACAACACAGUCUGAUGAAAAUAAAACAAGUCACGACAUUCCUAUCAGAUUUGAAUUACCUCUCGCGGUGUUUAUGCUAAAUAUACCUCGUACAAGUCCUGAACAAUUUGCUAAUUUAAUUUCUCAAAUUGAUUUUCCAUUUACUGGAUCAACGACCAUUCGUUUUAAUGCAACGAUCCAUUCUGUUGAACAAGCUUUCCAGAAUGAAAUGAUACGAUUGACGUCUUUUGCUACUGGGACUCAUAUCGUAGAACAAGUGCCGGGGGCGAUAACAAUCUAUGGUAGUAGUGUUCAAGGAUACCAAGUUGUAGGCUUGGCUAAGCUACUUGCCGAGCAACAAUUGAUGGUGGACGAAGAUGAAUCCAGCAACAUGAAAGCAAGCAUUAAGGUUGAGCUUAAAUGUACAGAUCAAGCAUUCGUGGAUGGAUUAAUUAGAGAAAUUGAACAUUUGUUUAGCGAAGAAUUAUGA